AUGACUGUGACUCGCAGUACCAAAAGCUCGUUCCGAUUCGGUGUGGAAAUAGAACUGCUUCUUGAAAGCCCCGGCAAGAAGCACAAAACAUGGGACUCCCUUGCAAAGGAUCUUAGCAAGCAGCUCGCAAAGGCCGGUAUUCCUAACCGCAUCGACGACAGCGGCGAUUACAGCGAAUGGAGUAUUGUCCGGGAAGUGACAGUUCAGGAUCCAAACGGCCAAAACCCCUACCAAUACGGCGUCGAACUCGUCUCCCCCGUCCACACCCCGGCCUCCCUCCCCACCCUCACCACAACCCUCAGCACAAUCUUCACCACCAUCCACACCACCACCACCCUCAUCCCCACCCCCCGCUCCUCCUCCCACAUCCACAUCUCCCGCUCACCAAGCAACAACCCCCUCACCCCCCUCGACCUCGCCGCCCUCUCCAAAGCAGCCCUCUACUUCGAGCGCGCCCUCGACGCCCUCAUGCCCCCCGAGCGCCGCACCACCACCACCACCACCAACAACAACACACACUGGGCGCAGUCCAACCGGCACGCUUACAACCCCUCCCUCGCAGGCCUGCCACUGGCCGCCUGCCUCGCCAAGAUCGACGCCGCCGCCGCCGCUGCCGCUACUACUACUGCUACGACCACCACCCCCGCCGUCCCGGGAGGUAGGGACGCAGCCAGGCCGGUGGUGGAGGUGAUGAACCUGGUGGCGAAGGAGUCGCGGUAUGGGGUGGUGCGGCAGAAGCGGGCGGACUUUGUGCGCGGGAAGACGUGUAAGUGGGACUUUUCGGGGUUGUUGAUGAACGGCGGGGGUGGUGGUGGUGGUCCUGGCGGGGAGGUGGUGGAUCGGGGUAUUGCGGGGACGGUGGAGUUCCGGCAGUCGCCGGGGAGUGUGAAGGCUGGGGAUGCGGUGGUGUGGGUUACGCUUGCGGUGGCGUUUGUUGCGGGCGCGGUGGAGGUUGGGAUGGGGUUGGGGGUGGAGGGGGGCGUGAGGGAGGAAGGGGGUUCAGUUGAGGAGUUGUGGGGGGUGUUGAUGAAGGGGAGGGAGGUGGUGGGUUGGGCGGAUCUAGAGGUGCUGGAGGGGUUAUUCUCGGGCGUGGGAAGAUAA